UCCGGCCCGAGUGAGUUGUGUCUCGAGCCGGUUCUCGCGAGGCUUUAGACUGUCGCUCCCCAUCCCGGGGCAGGAAAUCAAUGUCGCUGUAGGGACCGUGGUGCGGCCAGACGCGCGCGACUAUGUGGAAGCUGCUGGCUCGCGCUGGUGCGCCGCUCCUGCGGGUGCCCUUGUCAGAUUCUUGGGCAGCCCUGCCCGCCAGCGCUGGCAUAAAGACGCUGCUCCCAGUGCCAACUUACGAAGAUGUUUCUAUUCCUGAAAAGCCCAAGCUGAGAUUUGUUGAAAGGGUACCACUUGUGCCAAAAGUAAGAAGAGAACCUAAAAACUUGCGUGAUAUACGGGGACCUUCCACUGAAGCUACUGAGUUCACAGAAGGCAAUUUUGGAAUCUUGGCACUGGGUGGUGGUUACCUCCACUGGGGCCAUUUUGAAAUGAUGCGCCUGACAAUCAACCGCUCUCUGGAUCCCAAGAACAUGUUUGCCAUAUGGCGAGUGCCAGCCCCUUUCAAGCCCAUCACCCGCAAGAGUGUCGGGCAGCGCAUGGGGGGAGGCAAAGGUGCCAUUGAUCACUACGUGACACCCGUGAAGGCUGGCCGCCUUGUAGUAGAGGUGGGUGGCCGUUGUGAAUUCAAAGAGGUGCAAGGUUUCCUCAACCAGGUUGCCCACAAGUUGCCCUUCCCAGCAAAGGCUGUGAGCCGAGAGACACUAGAGAAGAUGCGGAAAGAUCAAGAGGAACGAGAACGUAACAACCAAAACCCCUGGACUUUUGAGCGCAUAGCCACUGCCAACAUGCUGGGGAUACGGAAAGUACUGAGCCCAUAUGACUUGACCCAGAAGGGGCGAUACUGGGGCAAGUUCUACAUGCCCGAACGUGUGUAGUGAGUGUAAAAAAUAAAAUGUAUGUAGGCUA